AGAAUCCCUUGUUCCUCCUUUCUGCCUGAACCGACAUGCCCAAGGGAAAGAAGGCUAAGGGGAAGAAGGUGGCACCAGCCCCUUCUGUGGCCAAGAAGCAUGAGGCCAAGAAAGUAGUCAACCCCCUGUUCGAGAAGAGGCCCAAGAACUUUGGCAUUGGCCAGGAUAUUCAGCCAAAGCGUGAUUUGACACGUUUUGUCAAAUGGCCUCGCUAUGUUCGCCUGCAGAGGCAGCGGUCCAUCCUGUACAAGCGCCUGAAGGUCCCCCCAGCCAUCAACCAGUUCAGCCAGGCCCUGGACCGCCAGACAGCAACACAGCUGUUCAAGCUGGCCCACAAGUACAGACCUGAAACCAAGCAAGAGAAGAAGAAGAGGCUGCUGGCGCGUGCUGAGCAGAAGGCAGCUGGGAAGGGAGAUGCUCCAACCAAGAGGCCCCCUGUCCUGCGUGCAGGUGUGAACACGGUCACCUCACUUGUGGAGAGCAAGAAGGCCCAGCUGGUCAUCAUCGCCCACGACGUCGACCCCAUCGAGCUCGUGGUCUUCCUGCCAGCUCUGUGCCGCAAAAUGGGCGUUCCUUACUGCAUUGUCAAAGGCAAGGCCAGACUGGGCCGGCUGGUGCACAGGAAGACAUGCACGUCUGUGGCCUUCACACAGAUUAAUCCUGAGGAUAAGGGCGCCCUCGCCAAGCUGGUGGAAGCCAUCAAGACCAACUACAACGAAAGAUACGAGGAGAUCCGUCGUCACUGGGGAGGCGGUAUCAUGGGCCCUAAAUCAACAGCCCGCAUCAGCAAACUUGAGAAGGCUAAGGCUAAAGAACUGGCCACCAAGCUUGGUUAAAUUGUUUGGAAUAAAAAAAUGUGUCCUAAUGAA